AUGGUGGCGGGCAGGACGCGCAAGUACUACAUGGUGGGGGGGAAGGGCGGCGUGGGGAAGACGAGCGUGUCCGCGGCUCUGGCAGUGAAGUUCGCCAACGAGGGCCAUCGCACUCUGGUGGUUUCCACCGACCCCGCGCACUCCCUCAGCGACUCCUUCGCUCAGGACGUGUCUGGAGGGAAACCUGUGGCUGUGGAGGGAACCGACCUGCCUCUGUUCGCCAUGGAGAUAGACCCAGAGCAGGCGCGCGAGGAGUUCCGGUCAGCAACAGGCAAGGACGGCGGCAAGGGCGUGAAGGACUUUAUGGACUCCAUGGGCCUGGGCGGCUGGAUUGACCAGUUGAGUGAGCUGAAGCUGGGCGAGCUGCUAGACACGCCACCACCUGGGCUGGACGAGGCUGUUGCUAUUGCCAAGGUCGUGCAGUUCAUGCAAUCGCCCGAGUACAGCAACUUCACUCGCAUUAUCUUUGAUACUGCUCCCACGGGGCACACGCUUCGGCUCCUUUCCCUCCCCGACUUCCUUGAUGCUUCCAUUGGAAAGAUUCUCACUCUCAAGAACAAGAUCAGCUCUGCCACGUCAGCAGUCAAGUCUCUCUUUGGCCAGGAGGACGGCAAGCCUGACACAGCGGUGGAGAAGCUGGAGCAGCUGAAGGAGCGGAUGGUGAUGGUGAGGGAGAUAUUCCGCGACCAGAAGGCCACCGAGUUCAUUAUAGUCACAAUCCCCACAAUCAUGGCUAUAAAUGAGAGCGCCCGCCUGCUGAAAUCGCUGGAGGUGGAGGGCGUGCCAGUGAAGCGGCUUAUAGUGAAUCAGAUCCUGCCCAAGUCCAACACGGAUUGCAAGUUCUGCAACAUAAAACGGAAGGACCAGCAAAGGGCACUGGAUAUUGUGGAGGCAGAUAAGGAGCUGAGUCACCUGAGGGUGAUUCAGUCGCCUCUCUUUGACCUUGAGAUUCGUGGCGUGCCUGCUCUCAAGUUCAUGGGGGACCUGGGAGCCAUGGCUAGGAAGCGCAAGUCUGGAGCUGACGCUGCAACCGACGUCCCGCGGGAUCUCAACGAGAUCCCGUACAUCGCGUGGAUCAACAAGCAAAUUGCAUCCGGUCGCAAGCCUGCAGGCCCGCUGCCUGAAGGUGUACCGUCUCCCGGAGCCACCUCGUACGAAGCGCCGCGUGACGUCCCCACGCGCGGCCGUCGUGACGCCGACAGGGUUGCGUCCUCACGCGUCGUCGACGAUACCCCGCUGGACGAUGAAGAGGAUGACGACAGCGACUACCACGACUUCGCCGUCGCCACCGAUGACGAGGCGGACUCAGGCGAGGAGCCGGACAAGGGUAUGUCCGAUUCGGAGGACGAGUCCGAGGACGAGGCUGAGGCGCCAGAGGAGACGUUCCCCUCCGCUCCCGCUACGCGUGCCAGUCGUGCUAAGUCCGCUGCCCCUGCUACCGCCGCGUCUAAGGGCGACGAGCCUCCACGCCGCGGCCCAAAGACCCGCACUCAGGUGCCUGUGAAACGCAUCGUUUGGUCUCCGCUCGAGAACACGAUCUUCGUCGCGGCCCGAUGGUUCAUGAAGGACGAACUGGAGCCCCUGCUCGGGAAGCAGGGCUCGCAGUACUGGGCGCGCCUUGUGCACCAUCUCGAGAAGGAGAACCCGGGGUGGGUUCGCGGCGUCCACGCCGUGCAGAAACAGUGGCGCAACCUCGUGCAGUUCUACAAGCAGUUGAAGAAGGCGGAUAAGGCGUCGGGCAAGGGGACCGUGUGCAAGCCCCCGUGGUACCCGUACAUGGAGUUGUUCCUCAACAACCGGGCAGUUGCUAACCCGCAUGCCGUGGCUGCAGGAGGCGCGACGAACGUUAACGCGCCGUGUGGCUUCAACGUGCCCUCUACAUCGGUGCCUACGACGACUACUCCGACGUUCACUGGUAUACUCGACUUUCCUUUCCCUGAAGGCUCACAUGGCUGCACAUCCACACCCCCGCAGUGCACCCCUCCGUCGAAGCGCCCGCGCGUGAUGGAGACGGCAACUAUGGCGGCCGCCAAGCUCGUCUGUGAGACGAUCAAGGACUGCCACCAGGACGCUAUGAGCAAGCUCGAAGGGCUUGUCCGCGCCUGGAUGGAGCAGGAUGAGCGUAUAGCACGUGAACGUCUCCAGCAGACGGCGCCUGCUCCGCCUGCCCGUUACGGCGCACCGCCCGACGCUCCCGCCCAGACGGCCGCGAACGCCACCGAUGGUGGCGACGACGGAUGGUUCCGUCGCGGGCAGAGUGGCGACGCGGCCGCUAACCCUGAUGAGGCCGCGGAGGUGUGGGUUCGCGGCGACGGCGAGUAA